AUGUCGGUCAAGUUUCAGGAAGAGGUCACCAAGUCAAUCCGAGCGGAUACCAAGGAAUUGGCGCAUAAGGUCGGGGAGCGGUUGACGGGUGGAAAUGCUCAGACAGGCUACCUCGCUCUCUACCUGCGUCAGCUGCAGUCGAAUCCCCUGCGCACGAAGAUGUUGACAUCCGGUUUGCUUUCCGGUCUUCAAGAAGUCCUAGCAUCCUGGAUUGCGAACGAUGUCAGCAAGCAUGGGCAUUACUUCAGCGCUCGGGUGCCCAAGAUGACCCUCUACGGCAUGUUCAUCAGUGCGCCCCUGGGCCACUUGCUCGUCGGCAUCCUCCAGAAAGUCUUUGCUGGUCGCACCAGCUUGAAGGCUAAGAUCCUCCAGAUCCUCGCCAGCAACCUGAUCGUCUCCCCCAUUCAAAACGCAGUCUACCUCACGUCGAUGGCUAUCAUCGCCGGCGCCCGCACCUUGCACCAGGUCCGCGCAACCGUUAAGGCCGGCUUCAUGCCCGUCAUGAAGGUCAGCUGGAUCACCUCACCUCUGGCGCUCGCUUUCGCCCAGAAGUUCCUUCCCGAGCACACUUGGGUGCCGUUCUUCAACAUUAUCGGAUUCUUCAUCGGAACCUACGUCAACACUCACACCAAGAAGAAGCGCCUGGAGGCUCUGAGAAAGCGCUACGCCGAACGCCGUGGCCCCGGCAGCGAGUACGAGAAGGGCGGCGACUACCGGUAA